GCUGUUGUUGGACAGUUUUUUCAAAACGAUAACAUUGUUAAUGGAGGCAAUAUUUCCUUUUACUUUAUGGAAUUGGAUUAAAUUCUAAAAUUAGUUUUUUAUAACAAAGAUUUUUUUUAUUUAGUUUGCUAUUAUUAAAUAUUACUUGGAAAUUCCUUUUAUAAAUACCUUAUGUUUGUUGAUGUUGGUAUUAAUUUGAAAUUAAAUACUCUGUAGAACACACUUGCCGCCGUCAUUCCCGUCAAACUGACCGAUACGGGGUUCUCCUAGGGAUGGAGAUGGCUGGAGAUUGCAAAUACUCGUGCAAAACUCCCAGUGAAACUCUUCAAUGGAUUCUUGCAAUCCGGGACUUCAUUAAGCCUUAUCAGUUCUUCCUCGAUGCGCAUGUCGUCAAUUUCUUCAAGGACAGACUAUGGGAAGCUGUGGAGAAAGAGUGGAUGGAUUGUCUACAAGAUGAACCUGUCGAAAAUCUUAUCCAAAUUCCUUCUGGUGUGUUGCAGGAUCACUGGCCUGCUUCACUUAAGGAAUUUGUCAAUUCUCUGAGGUCUCUUUCUCUUCCUAGAAAGCAGGCAAAUCUGCAGGAGGAAUUCCCACUAUUGCACAUGGCCUCUCUGAGUACUGUUCUUGCUCAAGGCAUGAACCGUAAGAAAAGACACGAAGUGGAAGCGCUUGCUGCGGUUGUAGGUGUGAUUGCCAGAGAAGUUGAAACCAAAGCCAUAGUUGAUGUUGGUUCUGGUCAGGGUUAUCUUGCACAAGUACUUUCAUUUGAAUAUGACCUUUCUGUUGUUGCGAUUGAUGCCUCUUCACAUCAUGGAAAGAUUACUAAUGCACGUGCAGAAAGAAUUAGGAAGCAUUAUGCGUCGAAGAUGCGCAAAUCUGGAUCAAAAGGCAGAGAAUUGUGCGUGCCAGAGACUGUUACCUGUCAAGUACUGUCCUCUGAGACAUUGAAGGCGUUGAGUAAUGGCUCACUCCAUGCAUAUAGUGUUCAAAAAAAACGUCUUUUCAGAGAAAGAUCUAUUGGACACAGUCCAGUUGAGUACAAAUUAACUCCUCAUUCGUACAGGAUUGCUGAUCCACCAUUGAUUCUUGCUGGACUUCAUGCCUGUGGAGAUCUUUCAGUGACUAUGUUGAGGACAUUCUUGGAAUGCGAUGAAAUAAAAGCAGUGAUUAGUGUUGGAUGCUGCUAUAACUUGCUGUCUGAGGAAGCUCCUGCCAUGGAUGGUUCUACUUGUGGUUUUCCGUUGAGUAAAAGUGUUAGAAAUGUUGGGUUAUUUCUUGGUAAAAGUGCUCGCGAUCUUGCUUGCCAGAGUGCAGAUAGAUGGAAAGGCUUAGAACAAGCUGCUGGCCUCCACAACUUUGAAUUGCAUACAUUUCGUGCUGCCUUCCAGAUGAUUCUGUUGCGAUAUUAUUCAGAUGUAUUGACAAAAAGUCCUGCAGUAGGACGCCAAGGAAAAACAUUACGCCGCCAACACUAUAAUAGAACCUUGGAAUCUAAUCUGCAGUGUCAAGGCCCUAGAGGAUCUAGUGGAGGCUCCUCAAAGAAUAUAAGCGAUGAUAAAACUAAGUGCUCUCUUUCCAUCCUUGGUUGUGGACAUGAUGUCAAGAAGGGUUUAGGCUGUGAUGGGGAUGAGGAUGCCUUCUUUCAUAAAACAUCUUCCACUCCGAGUUUCAGAAGUGGAACUACAAAUUCGGUGGACAGUUUUUCAUUAUUCAUGAAAUUCUGUGAAUCUGGGCUUGCCCGCCUGGGACUCCAGUCACAGGAAAUUGAUUAUCUUGACAUAUGGAAGGAGACACAAUCUUUUUCUAGGAUGAUAGGGCCUUACUGGUCUCUUCGUGCUGCUCUUGGACCCGUUUUGGAAACUCUUAUUUUACUUGAUCGGUUACUGUUCCUCCAGGAGAGCGGUAAGUGCCGGGAAGUUGGCCUGUUUCCUGUUUUUGACCCAGUAUUGUCUCCUAGGAAUAUGGCUAUUAUUGCCAAGAGAAUGUGAAGUCUACCAGUUGUGUUUAUGCCAUACAUUAUCUCCUCUGGUAUUGCCAAGAAAAGUUGGAACAUAAGAUUAUUUAGGAUUCUUUGAAUCAUGCAUUGUAUUGUAUCAGGCCAUUAGGACAUGUAGUGACUUGAAAACUAUACUAGAGGAUUUUUUUCUUCUUCACAAAGGGACCGAAAUGUCAGCACACCUUACUUGGGAGUGUUUUGGCGAAAUAGGAGUCGCCAUGUUUCUCUUGCUAGAUGCGCUUAAAUCGAUCAGCUCUUUUUAUUCAUGUUUCGAGCCAAUCAAGCCAUCUAUAUAAAAUAAUACUCCGUAGCAUGCAAUGUUGAGUUUUCAUUUGGACCUACGGAGUAGAGCUUCCUUCGAAGUUGCAUUGAACAAAAAUGUGAUUGCGAAGACGAGUCAAUGAGUUACAGCUAGAGAAAUACAAGAUAUUUGAGUGUUCCUGGUGACUCCAAUUCAUGAUUUAUACGAUGCCAUUUGGUGUACCUAUA